AUGUAUAUAGACGAGGAGAUCGACAGUGUUUUUGUGCGGCGAUUAGACGGCGAUAGGAGUUCUGAAAUGAAGAGUCGAUCAACUAGGAGGUCGCUGAAGAAGAAGAAGAAAAGCAAUGGAUCUACAGCCAAAAGUACUUCUAGUGCACACAAUGAUAAGCCUGUGAAACAAUCAGCUGUGGGACAACAACCUAUGGCUGCUAAGGCCAAUAUGAGAUCCAAUGGCACUGCCGGCAAAACUGUGGUUGCGCAAGAUGACUCAAAAAUGGAUGCCGAGAGGAUUCAUCAAGAGGCCACUAAAAGAUUUGCGGUUAUCGAGUCUAUAAGGAACGACAAGGCCUUAGAGGCACAGACACCGUUUACUAAGAAUUUCACAAUACAUGAGAAACUACCAGAUCACAAAGACAACAAAGAUGUCAAAACAACCGCUGGCUCGGGAAAGAGUGACCUGGUAGUGGAUACUGAUGAUCAUAUUAAAACAGCUGAAUCUAUGGAUAUAAGGCUAAACAAUCCCCUUUUGAAGGACUCACAAAAUUCUGUGGAAAACGGUAAGGCCAUUAAUGUCGAAUCUAAGAAGAACGAAGAACCUAUGACUAUUCUAAGAAAACAUAAUAAUCAAAACAUAACCGAAAACAAAAACGAUACAGUACCCAAACAAAAAGAUGCUAUGCCAAAUGUAAAAUACUCACCUAAGGUAAAUGAUACAAAAAUCGAAACAGAAAAUGUCUUAAAAAAAAAUCACGAUACAUACACUCAACUUAAUUCAAAGGUAGCCAUUUCAAUGGAAAAUCCUGUGGAAAAAGUACCACUAUCUUUGGAUACAUACCAAAGUCAACCUAAAAUUAAAGCAGAGACCACCCCAGAUCUUAUUACAGGUGAAAGAAACAUUAGGAGAACUUCAAAUGUAAUAGGGACUGGAAAGGGUAGAAUAAACUCGCUGGAUUUCUUGCACAAACCUCAAAGGGUAACGCAGAUGAAGUCCGAGGAUUUCAUAUCUCCAGAGGAGCUCAAGCGGAACACUGAUAUGAACAAGCAAAUUUUAAUGGCUAAAAUACUACCUGAUGAUAGAAUUAACGACAAAAUAGAUGAUAUAACGACACCAGAGGAAGAAAUCACUGGUCUUAAACAUGAGCUUGGCAAGAUGUCUAUAGGAAACGGCUCUGCCAACUCCCCAGCAAUAAAUUCUAUAAAAGCGGAAGAGAUAAUCGAGCUAGCUCAAGAUGAAUCUAUUUCGCCAACAGAGCACCAUUAUCCAAUCCUAAAUAGGGCCAACCAAGCCCAACAAGACGUGUGCUUACCCUUGCAUGAUUCAUACGAUCAAUCUCCAGUGGAGGACCACAUGAUGCCAUUGCCCCCGGUAUACAAGAAGUCUGGGGAGCUGGUGAAGAGUUCUCUGAAGAGGAGAUCGAAGUCCCUGCCGGUGACGCCAAACUCGAACAGGAGAACUCAGAACUCACGUGGCGUGCGCAUGAAUAACCCCAGAGACCAAUUGAUUCGUAGUAAGAGUGUCCACUUUGACCAAAGGCUGCCAGUGAAGUAUUUCUUCAAAGAGGAGAGUCCCAGCGUCGUUAGUAUCCGUGAUGAAGAGGACGACGUGCUAAGUUUCCAACACAAGCCACUUGUUCGCAGUAUUGAUCGCAACAAUGGCAGAAAGAAGAGGCUAGACCUGAACAGGAGACUUGAGGGUGGGUUUAUGGAUGACGAUGAGGAUGGGUAUCCGUACAGCUAUGAUUACGACGAGGAUGACGAUGAGACAACGCGUGGGGGCACAGACCUCGACCGGUACAUGGACGAGUACGACUACGAGAACGGGUUCAGCCAGGGCGACAGUAUCUUUAGCCGCGGGCUGAAGUCUCUGAUGAUGAACGACCGUGGCAGUGGUCUCAAGGACAACUUCAAGGACCCCACUCCGCCGGUCUCGCAAUCAAGCACGAGCAAGAAAGAGGAGAAGAUGACCACUCUAGUGAGCAAGAACUUCCCAACGCUGGGCAGCAAGACGUCGAAGUCGCUGAAGUUGAACAUCUUCUUGAACUCCACGAGCGACAAGAAAGUGCUGUUACAAGAGGUGAGUCUCAAUGUACAGAAGCGCAAGUCCAACUACUACAACAGCAACUUUGGCGGACCCGGUAUCGGCUUCUCCACUGGCCGAGACGAGGACGACAAGCUGAUCAUCACGGGCACGGUGCUUGUCAAGAACAUAUACUUCGACAAGAAGGUCUCGAUACGUUACACCUGGGACCACUGGCGCAGUUGCAACGAAGUGGAGUCCAUGUACGUGGGCUCCGGCAACAACUACCUGCCAGGAUCGCAAAUGGAUAUAUUCAGGUUCAUGAUCGACAACACCGUGCUCAGCAACGGCCAGUACGUUUCCAACCGCAGCCGAGAACUGGAGUUCUGCAUCCAGUACACCACCCGCAGCAACACUGCCCGCGAGGAGUACUGGGACAACAACAACGGCAAGAACUACAUCGUGGAAAUCCAGUAG